GUUUUGAACGCUUGGGUUGAGAUUGGUUGGGAUUGAGAGAUUUUUGAGAGGUUUUGGUAAUUUAUUAUCUACUACACAGAAAUUAGAAAAGCAUUUUGUCAUAUGUGUACCCAGCUAUAAGGGGUCAAUUAUUACGCGCUAAAUCAUCAAGAAGAUAUCAUUCUGCUUCCAGGGAUAUUGCCGCUGAUAUCUCAAUCUGUUUCUACCUUGAGCUAAACUUGAACUGAAAAAUUUCAGCUCAAGCUCAAAGCUGGAGAGUGGGGUGAAGUGUAACAAUGGUGGUGUGCACCUACUACAACCAGGGAUACUGCCGCUAUGGUGACCGGUGCAGGUUCGACCAUCCCUUCAAGGGCCCAACAGCAGGCGCUGGGGCCAAUUAUCGAGCCCAGGCACAGCAGCCAGCUGCUGCAGCAGGCACUCCCAGCUCAUUCAAUGAGUUGCUCACCGGGAUCGCCAAUGAAAUGAAGGUGUGGGAGAAUUCAAAGCAGUGGCCCUUCUCCUGUUUCUCACCACUGAAGGGCCAGCCCUGCAUCCCAGGGCUGACUGACCUCUCACCGGAGGAGGUGCGGGCGGAGGCGUACAAGAGCAAAGUGGCCAACACGCCGGAUGCUUAUUUGCAGUUCUUCAACGCCAAGGUGGCCGAGUAUCGCCAGAAGCGGGCGUCGCUGCAUAACGCCUCUCCCGAGAUGAGGACAUACAUGCAGCAGAUGUUCAGCUCGUCUCUGAGCGGCGGCGGCGGCACCGGCAGCUCGACGUUCGGCGGCGCUCCGCAGACCUCAAAGUCUCUGUUCGGAGGCGGUGGCGGAGCGGCCGCGGCCACCGGUGCGGGCCUGUUCGGAAAGUCUACCGGGCAGUCAGUGCUCGGCGCUCAGACCGGCUCCGCGUCUGUGUUCGGGGCGAGGCCGCAGCCGACCGGCUCAGUGUUCGGUGGACAGACCCAGCCAGCGGGAUCUGUAUUUGGAGGACAGAGUCAGCCGGCAGCCGGGUCAGUGUUUGGCGGGCAGAGCCAGACGACCGGGUCGGUAUUCGGAGGACAAGCGCAAUCAACAAGCUCGGUAUUUGGAGGACAAAGCCAGCCAACAGGUUCGGUGUUUGGAGGUCAAACACAGUCAACAGGGUCAGUGUUCGGAGGUCAAAGCCAGCCAGCAGCUGGAUCGGUGUUUGGAGGUCAAACUCAACAGACUGGGUCAGUCUUUGGGGGUCAAACUCAACAGACUGGUUCAGUUUUCGGGGGCCAGUCCAAGUCGGGUGGAUCGGUAUUUGGAGGGCAAACUCAGCCGAGUGGAUCUGUGUUUGGAGGACAGAGUGGGUCGACCUUUGGCGGACAGACUCAGUCCACCGGCUCAGUCUUCGGCGGUCAAACUGCGUCCACCGGCUCAACGUUCGGCAGUCUAGCUCAGACGACCGGUUCAACAUUUGGUGGGCAGCCUCAGACGACUGGGUCGACGUUCGGAGGGCAGACUCCGGCGGCCAGCUCGGUGUUCGGUAGCCAGCCGGCGCCGGCCGCCGCUGCCCCUGCCGGCUCUGUGUUCGGCGGCCAGGCAGCACUGCCCGGAGCGCAGCCGGCCGGGGGAGGCGGGGGCCUGUUCGGGAAGGGCGGCGCGCCGGCGGCUGGCGCGGCCGGCACCCAGCCGACCGCCGCCCCCGCCGACGCCUACAGCGAGCCCUCGGAGCUAAGUGAACAGGAUCGCGAGCAGUUCGCGGCGGCCGAGUUCACGCUCGGUAAGGUGCCGCUCGUCCCACCGACUAGGGAAAUGUGCGCUCGUUGAAAGUGAUCAAUUUGUACCUGCCGAGAUAGAGGAACGACGGGAGACACCAUUGUUUACUGCUGCCUGAGAAAAUAAGGGGGGGGGGAGAGUCUGAUUCACCCUCGUGGUCUGAUCUGGUCCCGGGUGAACCACGACAGCUGAUCUGCCGUGCACCGCUCAGUGCACGUUCGGCGUAAUGUGGGCGUCCUAUCAAGGGAUGUUAACACUGCAGUAUACUCGCCUCGUCAGGCUCGCUGUGUCCGUGUGGCUCCGAAGUGCGACCGCUGAUGGUCGUAUGGGUGCCCAAAUAUUGCUAGACAUCGUACUGGAUUGUAAGAGCGUUGAUCUUGCUUGUGAUGAACAGUUUUUACGAUAGAAGUUGUACGCAAUGAGCUGAAAUGUAUUUUUGUAUUUUGUUGAAUGUGUAAGCACGUGAAAGAUACAUUGUAAAAUAUAAGAUUUAAAUGAAA